AUGGAGAUCAAAGAACUCCGCGAGGCCCAAAAUCCGGAUAGACAACCACAAAGGAGGGAUGAGGAAAAAGCUUUCCGAUCACCAGGCAACAAGGAUACAAAGAAGCCUUUCAAGCUCACACCAAAAUACAACACGUAUACCAGAUUCAAUACCAAGAGAGAGAACAUCAUAAAAGAGAUUCUGAAUACCAAAAUCGUGAAGCCACCAGCCCGGGCAGGAAACUACCAAGACCAAAGGUUUGUGGAUAGGAGCAAGCAUUGCGCCUUCCAUCAAAAGUUCGGCCACACGACGGACGACUGCAUUGUCGCGAAAGACCUCCUAGAAAGACUGGCGCGACAAGGACUUCUUGACAAAUACGUCGAGAGCCAGAAAGCCAGAAGAGCAAGCUCGGAUAGGGAGGAGAACAAACAAACAGUGACAGACAAGAACAAAACAGAGCAGACAACCCCUGAUCCACCAAGAGGCAUCAUCAGCCACAUAUCAGGAGAAUACGUAGGCGGAGGUGAAACAAGCUCGGCCAGAAAGCGAAGUUAUAGGGCGAUGCUGGCAAUCGAAGGAACUCUGCAGCCAAAGAAGGAAGAAGACCCAGGUGUCACAAUAUCCUUGAAUCAAUCAGACUUCAGAUCGGCAAGCCCUAACCUUGACGACCCAGUGGUAAUUUCCAUCCAGGUCGGAGAGCUGUUGGUAAGGAAAACACUACUGGACCCAGGUAGUAGCGCUGAUGUCUUAUUUUAUUCUACCUUUAAAAAGAUGCAAUUAUCAGAAAAAAUGAUACAGCCCUCCUCGGGAGAACUAAUUGGCUUCUCCGGAGAAAGAGUCCCCAUCAUGGGACAUAUAUGGAUGAGGACUACAAUGGGAGAGAUCUCUAUGUCAAAGUCCAUUGAUAUUCAAUACCUAAUAGUACACUGUUAUAGCCCUUAUAAUAUUAUAAUCGGGAGACCCGCCUUGAAUAUAUUCAGAGCGGUGGUGUCCACAUUACACCUGUGUGUUAAGUUUUCAGUGCAGGAAAACAAGAUAGCUACAGUGUACGCCGACCAUCAAGAAGCUCGGCAGUGCUACAAAGCUUGUCUAAAGCAAGCCCAUACGAAGGAGACAACUCGGCCCCAGGUCCAAUCCAUACAUAGCUCGGCUGACACCACAAUGUUAGCCGAUCUCGACCUGAGAGAAGAUCUCGGCGAAAGACCUCGGCCAAUGGACAACCUUCACAAAUUAACACUAACAGCAGAUGAAGAGCAAUACACACACAUCGGAGAAGCACUAGAAGGAAAUGAACGAGCAAGACUUAUACACAUACUACGCCAGAACGCCGACCUAUUUGCAUGGACACCAGAUGACAUGCCAGGAAUAAGCCCGGAAGUCAUCUGCCACAAAUUAGCAAUUGACAAAACAGUCUGA